GAGCAGGAUCUGCGCAGCUGUCUUCUGCAGCGAGUUAGGCCCGAGCCUUGCGGCAAUGGGUGAUCUAUUCAGAAUUAUAUGUACAGACUAUAUAAUACAACUACAACUCCCAUCAUGCCCGGACAGCAUUUGGGAGGUCAGGAAACCGACGGUGCAAGCAGAGUCUCCAGCACGAUCCCCAGCCGCAGCCCCGGAGGGACCUGUGACCAUGUCUACACCUGACACCGGUAUGACCGCUCCCAGCUCUCCAGAAGAUUCCAGCAGCGGAAUAAACGCCGCCAUCAUUGGGGGUGUUGUGGCCGCCGUGGUGGUCGUGGUUGUGGUUCUAGUCAUUGUCCUUCUCCGUUACUUGUACCGACACAAGGGGACGUACCGCACCCACGAGGACAAGGGCUCGGAAUUCGCAGAAAACUCUGAUACCGCUCUGAAAAACGACCCGUCCCUACAGGAGGCCAUAGACGAAUCAAAAAAGGAAUAUUUUAUCUGAGCGGUCGCCGAUACCAUAUGACCCUUCACUCCGAAUGACCUUCAAGAAGGGUGAGCACUGGGGCGCGGUGCGAGGAGGGCGCCAUAUCUGGGGUGUAUCUAAGCCAAUACUUUAUAUCUCGAGGAUCAUCACUAACACUCUGGAUUAUUUACUGGAAAAUCUCUUCUUGAACCUUGGAAGAUCCAACUACACGAGGGAGGUCACGGCGGAGCCUCCCGGAACGAGAGCUGCGAGACUAAGGGAGCGUCCCCACUUAGGACACGGUCUUUACGGUCACACUGGAAGCCAUAAUAAAUCCAAUCAUUAAUGGAGAAAAUCUUAAAAUAUGCACUAAGUGGCCUUGUUCACACACAGUAAAAAAAAAUAAAAAAAAAUAAAUCAAUAAAAAAUAAAUUCACUAUAAUGGCUUUAGAGGUAAAAAAAAAAAAAAAAAAAAAAUGGCCGGAAUUUAAAGUGCCAUUAAAACAAUAGAAUGUUCUUUAUUUUACGCUAAAUAUGGAUGAAAAAAAAAGUCUGAAAUUUUAAAAAAGGCAGAUUUUUGCAAAAACCUGCAAACAAGGGCAAUAUUUUUACUGCUGUUUUUUGCAUAAAAGUUUCCGCCAGGAAAUUUUUGGCUGAAAAAAAAUAAAAAUUAAAAAUAGCCAAAAAUGUUGUGUGAGCAAAGGCCAAGACCUGAAAUCUGCACUAACCCAACGUCUUCAUCAGAUCCCUGCUGAAAUGUCACCGACUUCUGUUAUAUAUUCUAAGAUGUUACAUUGUAUCUGGACAGAACUUACAGCCGAAACAGAUAACAGUCAUUUUUAUUGUUACUAAUUGUCACUAAUGUAUGUAAAGUGUCUGUUCACCUAAUGGAAGCUUAGACUUCAUAUAGAAAUGAUCUACAUGAAAAGAUGAAUCACUGUGAAUAUACAGAAUAGUGAGUGCAGCUCUGGAGUAUAAUACAGGAUAUAACUCAGGAUCAGUACAGGAUAAGUAAUGUAAUGUAUGUACACAGUGACCUCACCAGCAGAAUAGUGAGUACAGCUCUGGAGUAUAAUACAGGAUAUAACUCAGGAUCAGUAUAGGAUAAGUAAUGUAAUGUAUGUACACAGUGACCUCACCAGCAGAAUAGUGAGUGCAGCUCUGGAGUAUAAUACAGGAUAUAACUCAGGAUCAGUACAGGAUAAGUAAUGUAAUGUAUGUACACAGUGACCUCACCAGCAGAAUAGUGAGUACAGCUCUGGAGUAUAAUACAGGAUAUAAAUCGAGAUUUUCCUAGCUUGUGACGGAAAAUAUUAGUUAUAUAAAGACAGGAGGCGAGUAUCUUAUGCAUUAUUCUUUCUUUAAUAAUGCCCAUAGCAGAAUUUUCAGUAAUCAAUUCAAUAUAAAAGAAAAAACUACAACUCCCAGCAGUCCCAGGGCCACAGCGGCCACUCCCAGCCUUUAGCCACUAUAUAUGGGACUGCCCAGUAUGGAUCCUCCUCUUUCUGAAUGCAAAACACCGCCGCACAGGAACCCAAAACUGCAUCUGGACCUCUCCAUCGCCACUCAAAUCCACGACCAGCCGGUCCACCACAGUAGCUUUCGGAGACAAUCCGGAUAACCUGGCCAGCGAAGGCCGAACUUCAUCCCAACGGGGACUGUAGAGAACCCAAACAGUCUGCAACAAACAGGUCAGCCUCCUUCCGGAAAACACUCAAUGUGCUCAAUAUCCUGCAAGGAAAAACAAAGAAUCGUAAUAGGGUUGGGUAAGGGAGGGAAGAUACUCGCCUCCUGUCUUCAUAUAACUAAUAUUUUCCGUCACAAGCUAGGAAAAUCUCGAUUUAUAUAUCAGACAGGAGGCUCAUAUCUUAUGCAAGUUCAAAGCUUAACUAUAAGAACAAAAUAAAUAUAUAAGUUAUCCGACCAACAUAUUAUAAAACCGACAUGGAGACAUGUUCCUCCGGUCUGAAGUAAAAACGGCGAAACGUGGUCUCUGACGACCAAUCCGCUGCCAUCAACAGGUCAGUGAGGGAGCCCCCCGACGUAACUAUCUUAGUAGCCAUCGCCCCUCUGGAAGAAUGCGCUCCAAAGAGGGAAACGUCUAUACCAGCCAUUUCCAUGGUGGCGCGUACCCACCGCGCAAGGGUGGCAGACGAGACUGGAUGGUGAGGCCUGACAUACGAAACCAGGAGCUGAGAGAAGGCCGGAGAACGUAAGUUGGAAGUUUGCGUAUCAUAAGCCUGUAGGCAACGCACAACGUACAAUCGAGGAUGCGCGGGAAAAUAAGGGUAAAAAACUGAAUGAAUACCCGUCUUCGUCCUUCGGACCACUGAGAACCUGACCCCCUGAGGCGAAAAUUGACGCCUAGAAAUGUCUAGGGCCUUUACGUCUGAGACUCUUUUAAUGGAAACCAGACAUAAAAGGACCGUAAGUUUGUAAGACAAAAGCUUUAAUGACAAAGCCUCAUUGUCCUCCCACCUGGCAAACAUCUCCAGCAACCUGGAAACAUCCCAAGUGGACUGAUACCUAGGACGGGGCGGUCGCCUAAAUUUAAUGCCCCGUAAGAGCCUACAUACCAGGGGGUGUUUGCCAAUUGGCAAAGCGUCCACCGGAUAAUGGUAAGCCGAAAUGGCCGAUCGGUACACAUUGAUGGAACUGUAGGACUUACCAGACUCAGAUAAUUUACCACUAUUGCUACAGGUGCUUGUACGGGAUCAACCUGUCGUUGAUCACACCAACGUAUCCAGAGUCUCCAGGCUGAUCGAUAUGCCGAUCGAGUCCCGGGGGCCCAGGCCAGGGCGAGGAGGUUCCUAGCCGAUUCCGAAAGGUCGCGGUCCGU